GGAUCUUUGGCGAGCUGGCAGAGGUCACACAGGAAAAGAAGCAGACAAGAAGGUGUUCAAUUGAAACACCGUUGUCAUACUUCCUUUGACCUCUCGUUUGUUUGCUUCGUCUUGUGGCUCCAAUCAGCUUUUCAAUGGCCUCGCCGUGCCUCAGUACUGUGCUGACAAACGCUAACCUCGCCAUGUACCAGACUGGCCUCCCUGAUAUGUUGAUGACAGGCAUCCAUACCCAGCAGAACAGCAACCUGGGAUACAACGCCAACGUUGGCGAUCAGUGGUUUGGUCAGAUGAACCCCCUCAAUUGGACAGCAGACCACGUUAUGGAGUGGAUCAGCCACCAUGUGGAACGCACCAAGUUUGAUGCCAGUACCCUGAGUCUGGCCUUCUGUGCCAUGGACGGCCACACCUUGUGCCAGAUGAACCUGGAACAAAUGAUCGGUUUCUUCGGCCCUCAGCUUGGUCCCCAACUCCACCAAAACUUGCAAGAAGACAGAGCCAAAUAUGAACUGCGGAGCCUUUCAGGACCUGAGCUGACCGAGACCUGCCAGCUCCUGAAUAAGUACCUACACAACUUAAACAGCCCGGAUAAUGAAACCUUCCCUCUGCUGAGUACCAUCAAAAUGGGUCAAGGUGAGGACUGUGUCAUCAAGCAAGAAUUUGACUACGGGGAUAACCAUGACCUGUUCAGCUUUACAAUGGGGACCAUGACCCCGCUAGGAGACGAGUACCUGUCUGACAAUCAGUCCGAAAGCGAGUGCAGCUUCUCGUCCAAUAGCAACCUGUUUGUCUUUUCCAACCUGGGCUCACCAGAGUCUGGCAGUGGAGAAUCAGACCCGGAGUUCUCGUACCCCGUGAUAUCAAAGUCGCUGAUCAAAAAGGAGAAAAUCGAGGUGAAGCGACCACGUGGCCGACCCCCGAAAGCGAACAGGGAAUACGGCUGCAACCUUUACGACCCUUCAAAGAAGAACAAACACACGCCUCGUAGCACUCAUCUUUGGGAGUUCAUCAGGGACAUUCUCAUCCACCCGGAAAAGAACCAAGGCCUGAUGAAGUGGGAAGAUCGCCGUGAAGGCGUGUUUAAGUUCCUGAAGUCCGAGGCCGUGGCUCAGAUGUGGGGCCAGAAGAAGAAGAACAGCAGCAUGACCUAUGAGAAACUCAGUCGUGCUAUGAGGUACUACUACAAACGAGAAAUCCUUGAGAGGGUGGAUGGACGGCGGCUUGUGUACAAAUUCGGAAAAAACUCCACCGGCUGGAAAGUGGAAGAGAUUGGAAUGAGCAUGUGAAAGUUCUCUGGACACGUCCGUUGGAAUCAAAAGGCCAAUCAGUGCAGGAGUUUGGGAACUUGUAUUACUCGUUUGUCCUGUCAAGGGGAAAAAAAUCAACAUGUUAAGACACUAACUUCCUAUUUAAAGGAAGGUGUUGCAGAAAAUGUAAGCCAGUUUUUGGCUCUCGUAGGUUUUAUGAACCAUUUUGUUUUACGUGAUUGGCACUACCGAUGUGUGUGCUGUAACUAGAUUGGAUUGUUGUUGCUUUCUUGUUUUGUUCUCUUGCAUCAUAGGAGCAUCUCAGUAGAUUCCAAUACAUAAAAAUCAAUAUUUCAUUCACAAAACAUUUUUUUUCAAUACUGAGGGGGGCUUGGCAUUUUAAAUGUUAACAGUAUUGGAAAAUCGAUUCACAUCCGAACCACAAUUCAUAUUUAGAUUGUGAAUUGAUUCAUCAUUUUUAAGAAUCAAUUUUUUAAAGGAAUUUUUUCAGCCCAUCUCCAUGCUUACUUGCUGCACGUAUCAUUUAUACCAAAUGAUACAAUGCAAUAAUCGAAUCUUCAACCCCAAGAAUCUGAAUCGAAUCGUGAGUUGUUGUAAGAUUCACAUAUACCUAAUAUUCACAUUAUAUGAGAUAGCGAAUGUGAGGGGUUUGGCUACACUCAGCAAUAUCAAAAAAAUAUAUUCUUGAUUCUUGAAUAAGCCAAAUAAUGUUUUUCCCCAACUGCGAUUCACCUGUAUAUAUUUUUUUUCAGUAUUUAGAAUUAUUCAGCGUACAUUUUAUUUCUGCUCCUGGUACACUCCAUGCAAAGAACAGAAGACAGCAAGGACAUCAUUUGAAAUGAAUAAUAUUGCACCAAUGUGCUCUACGUCUUUUAGUAUCACUUAUUAUAAAGUGCAUUACACAAUGUUUGGAGGGGAACGAAGUGGUAAUUUUAUCACACUAUUAAUAUAUUUAUAUGUACCGGUAUGUAUAUAUAUAUAAUAAUCUAUAGAUAUGCAUGUAUAUGAACGCCUCUUCUUGACAUCUUGAUGUAUGAAUUGUUAUAUUUUUUCAUUUUUAUACAGUACAGCAUAUGU